AUGUGGGACGACGAGGAUAACAACCCGUACGGCUCGUUUGAGCGCCACGAUGCCUCGCCCUCGCAAGUCGGCCAUUUUGGCUCCCCCGGCGGAUUUCGCCCGAUGACCCCGCCGUCUGAGGCGUCGUCCCCGCCCUUCGGCUCGCCAGAAUACAUUACCCACCGUAGAGACCUCAGCGAUGUUGAGUACGACGACGAACCCCAGGAGCCUCAGCGCAUCGAGCCAAAGAAGGGCGGUUACGACAGCCGCAUUGAGCAAAUCCUCUAUGAGAACCCGCAGUUGCCUAUUCUUAUCACCGAUGCUGGCAAGAGUGCGGAAGGCGGGGGCAAAUACAUUGUCUACGCCAUUAGGACCGGAGAUCUAGAGGUCCGCCGGAGGUACUCUGAGUUCGCGUCUCUGCGCAACGUGCUCGUCAACCUACACCCAACCCUUGUUAUCCCUCCAAUUCCGGAAAAGCACACCACUGCCGACUAUGUAGCGAAGCCGAUGAAGGCGAAAGAGGAUGUUGGGAUUAUAGAGCUGCGCAAGCGUAUGCUCGCUGUUUUCCUUAACCGGUGCAGGAGGAUGCAGGAAGUCCGCGAAGAUGGUGUCUGGUGGAGAUUUCUGGACCCCAACGUCAGCUGGAGCGAGGUCCUCCACUCUCACCCGGUAGCAUCGCUCCCAUCGAACAAGCUCAAGGCACCCCCGCUCGACGCCGCCAACCCGACCCCGGGCCACCACUACCUUCCUAUACCAUCAGCUUCGGCAAAGCUCAGGUCUAGCAGCGGGAGUGCCUCGUCGGGAACGCCGAAUUCGCCGCCCCUACACCAGUCGCAGCCUUCUACUGCGGCGCACACGAUACCAGGACCGCAGAUUUUUGGCCGUUUUCCUCCCACGUCACAAAACCUGUCUGAAGAAGAGCUCGACCCCUACUUUGUCAAUUUCGAAGCUUCCUCUAAGGAAUUGGAGGCACUUCUGCAAGGAAGUAUGGAGAAAGUGAAUCGCCGGGCACUCGCUCAUCUCAACUCGUGGGGAAGCGAUAUGGCGGAAUUAGGAGCACGAUACAACGCCUUCGCAUUGAAUGAACAGUCACGUACGCUGUCGCAGGCCAUUGAGAAGAUGGGCCAGGCUGUCGACUCGACCUAUAUCCAGACUGGUGAACUGUCGUCUGCGUUGAGUGCAGGCUUUGCGGAGCCAAUGAGGGAGAGUGCCCAGUUUGCCGGCAUCGUCCGCGACGUACUUAGAUACCGCAUCCUCAAGCGCGUGCAAGAAGAGAUGACUAAGGAGGAGCUGGACAGGAAGAGGCAUCUGCUUCAGUCACUGGAGCAGAGCGAGGCUGAAGCUAAAAGGAUAGAACAGUACCUCAACCAGACCGGGGGCCCGCCGCCGAGGAGAUCCAACUCUGCUGCAUCCCAGCGUAGCAACAGCGAUCCCCCGCGCCCUGAAGAAGACGCAGCAUCUAUUGACUCCGACUUCCCGCCUACUCAUGGCGAAUCCCACUCGCCCCCGUCAGCCGCACAAGGCCAGCCUCAUCGGUCUGAGCCAUCAUCUCCGGUGCACAAGAAGACGCCCAGCGGAAACUUUGUAACGUCGAAGAUCUUCGGUCGGGUCAGCCAUGCUUUCCACGGUAUCGUGGAUGUCGACCCGGAAAGAACACGUAGGGACCAGAUUGGCAAGACGAGGGAGAGCAUUACUCAGCUUGAACAAGCAUUGGAAGUUGCGGAGAAGGACGUCAAGGAUGCCAGCGUAGGCGUGUUGAAGGAUCUCAAGAGAUUCCAGUCUGAGAAGGAAGAGGACUUGAGGCGUUAUAUGAUCGCCUUCGCUAAGUGCCACAUUGAAUGGGCAAAGAGGAACCAAGCCUCGUGGGAAGAGGCCAAGGCGGAGAUUCAAAAUAUUCAGGCAGCUCCUACGGAGUGA